AUGCUUUUGCAAGCUCUCCUGACAUUUGCAACGCUGGGACUUGCUGCCAACGACUCUGUGGUUUCUUUGUUUAUUCCAAACGCUCACUCCCAAUCCUUGGUGGGUGAAGUUUUGGGCGCGCAUUCAGCAACAACUACCUACAGUAUCAAUUGUCCGAAUGGCACCAAUAGCUCAGAAUGCGGUAUGGGCCCUGGGCUUUUUUUUACCGCAGCUCCAACGAGCGUCGAAUACUUGAUAAGUUCCGCAACCGACCUAUAUAACCACGUUGUCUGCGAUGUGACCGAUCUCCCCACCGGGGCUUAUACUUGUACCGACACUGUUACAGGGACAGCUGGUACGCCCGGCACCAGCACCUCAACCGUCGCUUGGGACCAGAUAACUCUGUUGGCGGUUACCAUAACUUCCACUGCUAGCGCGGUCGCAGCGACAGCAAAUUCCACUCUAAAUGGUACUACCACUGGCGUUCCAUCCCCCGCUGCUGCUGCUACCACCAUUGCCACAACUCCGGCGGCGAGCGCGGCUGGAAGGUCAGGACCUGCUGGUCUCGUACUAGCCUUUGCUGCAGUUCAAGCUUUGCUGGCAAUGCUAUAG